AGUAAAGCUCUGAUUAAGACGGAGAGAAAUCCCCUCCUGCGCCUGGACACGCACCGCCACUCGUGGGAGCCGCAAAGCUCGCAGCUGCGCGUUUAUCAGAAGAGUCACUGAAGAACUGUGGGAAAUGAAGUCCAUCAGCGUCGCCCUCGCUGUCGCGGCCGCCGUCGCCUGUCUCUGCGUGUGGCAGAGUGAAGCUGUGCCUUUCUCUCAGCCUGAGGUGGAGCAGCAGAUGGAAAACGAAGUUCCUCAGCAGGAACAGCACUGGACUGCAGCUUCAGCGGAGGAGACGCGGCCAGAAGAGGUGCUGUUCAGGACAAAGCGCCAAAGUCAUCUCUCCCUGUGCCGCUACUGCUGCAACUGCUGCAGCAACAAAGGCUGCGGAUUCUGCUGCAGGUUCUAACCACCUGGACCAAGCUCACAUAUUCCCGAGUUUGUGGGAAGACCAUUCAGAAACUUUAACUUAUUUAUCGGACUGAUGUCAUCCCUCUCUACCGUUACUGUCCUUCUCCUCUGACCUCCCGAAGUGGUGAAAGGAACACCCCUGCUAAUUUGAAAUGGCUCUAAACCAUGGCUGAGGUUCUCACGCUGUUUUUAGACAGUGACUGUCCAGCGUGCAUCUGCCACAAAGAGAACGGGUCUUAGCUUCAGUUCACUGAAAGGAAGCUGCAAAGGAUUCGGUCAGGGAGAGAAGAAGUGGAAGCUUAGCCUGAUGUUAUAAUCACCGUAGGCCUACUUAUCAAUAGCGUAACGAAGAGCUUCAUCAGUGAAGCUGGACAACUUGCAGGACACACAACAGCAAAAAGACAGUAACUGUAUUUUCUACACAUUCAUUUUGUACGUAUGUUAACCUGUUGAUUAUUGUUAAGUGGAUUUUUUGUCAUAUUAGGUUUGUAAUAAACAUGUUUCAUACA